AUGAAAGCAAGAGCCAACAUGAAUAUUGCUGGGAAGACUGUGUGUGUUUUUGUGCUGCUCACCAUCACCAAGGUCACCAGAACAGUAGGGAACAACAGAGUGUCAGCGACAGUAGGUAACAACUCUGUGCUCUCCUGCCCCCCCCAAUCCAAUGCAACUAUGGUAACAUGGAAAAUAAACCCAAAGGUUGGAGGCCCUUGCGCCUUGGGAUACAGGGCUGAUCAGAACAAGACGGACAGAACAAACUGCAGCGACAGCAUGAACUGGAAAUUCAGACCAGAUCGGGACCCUGCCCUUGAGAUACGGCGAGUGGGAAUAGCCCAUGAGGGAAAUUACACCUGCGAAGUGGUAGCGACAGAAGGGAAUUUCCACAAGACGUACGACCUGACCGUGCUGGUGCCCCCCAGGCUGACCCUGUACUGUGAUGACCGCGGGAACCCUGUGUGCGAGGCAGCGGCAGGGAAGCCGGCUGCUCAGAUCUCUUGGGUCCGAGAGAGCAACUCCACUCCCAAGGAAGAAGGCCAUGACAACGGGACAGUGACUGUUCUCAGCAAGUUCACAGCAUACAGCACCAAUGUGACUAAUACAACCUGCAUUGCGUCCCACCCAGCUGGGAACCAGAGCAAGUCCAUAGCCUGUUAUCCCUCAAAGAACGACGGCUUUAUCCUGCAUGUCUCGAUCAUUCUUAGUUUCCUGUGCAUUUUUACCUUCAUGGCAGUUACGUACUAUUUUAAGCUCCACAGUGACAGACUGUGCCACAAAACCAAAACUUCUGAGACUGCUCCUACACAUUCCCCACAGGAUGACACAAUGGAAGUGGAACCUUAUACUACUUAUGUGCAGAAGGAAAAUGUAAUUUACAACUCAGUGUCUGACCUGACAGUGGGGCAGAAUCUUCCACAAGGACUGUCACCAGCAACAUGA